AUGGUCCUCUCCCGCCAAGUCCUUUCUGAUCUGCUCGCAUUUGGCCUUGCUGGGCGUUGCCUUGCGGGCUACAACGGGACUCACGUAACUUACAUCCCGCAGUCCACCGAGUGGGACGGCGCAGGUACCAAUCUGACCGUCACCUUUGACACGGUCAGUGCCGACUACAUGAGUCUUUACGCACAGGACAGGGAACUCGCCAAGUGCACGGGGAUCGCCACUGCUUACAUUGCCGCGAUGAUCAAGGCCAAGUCCACCGCCGACUCCUAUGUCGAGGGCUACGCCUACGAGGCCACGACCUCCGGCUCGAACUGCGAGAGCACCGCGGAGAAAAAGACGAUCCUAGCCGCUGUCGAGAAGUGUGCCACCGCUCUCAACGCCGCAGGCGCCGUCCGCGGCUGCUGCACGAGGACCCAUGGAGGUACCUGGGAGGGUCACUUGCGCUUGACCGCGGAGCCAAGCGUUUACCCUGCUACCACGGUGACUUGUUGA